UAAAAACAAAAAAUAAACUUUAAAAAGACUAAAACGAGUAGAAAUUAAAGUAAAAUUACUUUCCUAAAUAAUUAAUAAAUAUUUAUAUAAUCAUAUACAUUUUUUAUAUAAGUUGACAAGUAUUUUUAUUCAUAUAUAUUAUGAAUUUAUUGCUAAACAAAUAAACGACUGGUUAAUUUUAAUAAAACUUUGAAGUAUUCAUUUUUUUCAGACUUAAUUAGAAUUAAAAAAAAAUUAACAUGUGGCCAAAGAUAUCAGUUGAUUACAAUACGUUAAAAAUUUAUCAUUGGAAAAAAUUACUGAGUUACCAAAAAGGAUUGUCAGGGUCGAGAAUGAUCAGCGGAUCUGCUGAAGAAGUUAAAGGACAUGGGACAUCAUUACCUGGAGAUAAACAAGUUGUCAUAUGCGGAGGUGGUGUCAUGGGUGCAGCAGUUGCUUAUCACCUGGCAGCUGCUGGAUUAGGAGCGGAGACUGUCCUCCUUGAAAGUUCCAGAAUUGGAGAAGGAACAACAUGGCAUUCAUCUGGAUUAGUUGGAGCAUUCAAGCCAAGUUUGUUCCAAGUUAAAUUAACACAAGACAGUAUCGCGCUUUAUAAAGAUCUUGAAGCCAGAGGUCUCUCCACUGGUUGGAAACAAUGCGGGAGUUUGUCUCUUGCAAGAACUAGAGAUAGAAUGACAUCAUUUAGACGAAUGAAAGCUCAAGCUGUAUCUCGAGAUAUUGAGUGCGAGCUGGUAACUCCAGCAGAAGCUCAAAAGCUCUGUCCUUUACUUCGUGUAGACGAUUUGAUUGGUGGUAUUUGGAUUCCUGGUGAUGGUGUAGCUGAUCCUUAUCUCACUUGUUUGACUUUACUUGAAGAAGCUCAAAAAAAUGGGGUUGAAGUUUAUGAAAAUUGUCGUGUUACUAAAAUAUUAAGUGAUAAAGGAAAAGUAUCGAGGGUUGAAACAACACGUGGUAACAUUAACUGUAGACAUUUCGUUAAUUGCGCUGGAUUCUGGGCUAGAAAUAUUGGUAAAUUAAGUGAUCCUUAUGUUAAGGUACCAUUACACCCAGUGGAACAUUAUUAUUUACAUACCAAAGAAGUACCAGGAUUAAAUCCGAUGACUCCAGUGAUACGUGAUUUAGAUGGUUCUAUUUACUUCCGCGAGAAUAAGGGGAGAUUUUUAGCGGGUGGAUUUGAAGCGAAUGCUAAACCAGCAUUUGAAGAUGGCAGAAUACCUGAAAAUAUUGCCGAGCGAAUAUUACCAGAAGACUGGGACCAUUUUCACGUUUUGUUGGAGCAAAUGCUCCAUCGGAUUCCAGCGAUGGGCGACGUUGAGCUUGAACGUCUGUGCAAUUGUCCAGAGGCAUUUUCACCAGACUGCAAAUGGAUCGUUGGCGAGGCACCUGAGCUACGUAAUUAUUACGUAGCAGCUGGAAUGAAAACCAUCGGAGUAUCAGCAGCCGGUGGGGUCGGACGAGCCACUGCAGAGCUUAUAAUUAACAACUCAACCUCUUUUGACAUGUACGAAUUAGAAGUCUCGCGGUUCUUGGGUCUUCAUAACAACAGAAAAUUUCUACGUGACCGAGUUAGAGAGGUACCGAGUAUGCAUUACGCUCUCCAGUACCCACAUCUUGAAUUCAAAACGGGAAGGAAUCUCAGAAUGUCGCCUAUCUAUCCAAAAUUGAAAGAAGCUGGUGCUGUUUUCGGUCAAGUUAUGGGAUAUGAGCGACCGAGUUGGUUUGAACCCAACACUGAUGAUGAUUUUGAUUCAAUGGAUGAGUCACGCAGAUAUAAAAUUGCUUACACAAAUACCUUUGGUAAACCUCCGUGGUUUGAUGCCGUUGCAAAUGAAUAUGCAGCAUGCAGAGAAACAAUUGGUCUCAGUGAUUAUUCUUCUUUUACAAAAAUUGAUUUAUGGUCAAAUGGUACAGAAGUAGUAGAUUUACUUCAAUACCUCUGCUCAAAUGAUGUUGAUGUGCCGAUAGGCAGCAUAAUCCACACGGGAAUGCAAAAUCACCAGGGUGGAUACGAGAAUGAUUGCAGCUUGGCUCGUAUAGCGCCUAACCACUAUAUGAUGAUCGCGCCAACGAUCCAACAAACGCGAUGUAAGCAUUGGAUUAUCCGUCACCUACCAGCAGAUGGAUCAGUCGCAGUUUCUGAUGUUACAUCUGCAUACACUGCGAUCUGCAUAAUGGGAUCAUCAACACGGCAAUUAUUAGCUGAGCUCACUGACACAGAUCUAAGUCCGAAAAAUUUUCCAUUCUUUACAUUCAAAGAACUUGACGUCGGUCUAGCUACUGGAAUAAGAACCAUGAAUUUAACACACACUGGAGAACUUGGAUAUGUUUUAUAUAUUCCAAAUGAGUUUGCUCUCCAUGUUUACACGAGAUUGAUUGAAGCUGGUGAAAAGUACGGGAUAAAACAUGCUGGCUACUAUGCGACUCGUGCCUUGCGUGUUGAAAAAUUUUAUGCGUUUUGGGGUCAAGAUCUAGAUACUUUUACUACUCCAUUAGAAUGUGGACGUGCUUGGCGUGUAAAAUUUGACAAAGAUAUUAAUUUUAUUGGACGAGAAGCAUUAAUGAAACAACGUGACAUUGGGGUUGAACGUAAGUACAUUCAAUUAUUAUUAAUUGACCACGAUCCGGACAUUGAUAUAUGGAGCUGGGGCGGUGAACCCAUCUAUAGAAAUGGACGUUACUGUGGAAUGACAACAACAACAGGAUAUGGAUAUACGUUCAAAAGCCAAGUAUGUCUUGGAUUCAUACAAAAUCUUGAUGACGAAGGUCGUCCUCAAGUGGUGACCAACGAGUACGUGUUGUCAGGUGACUAUGAAGUUGACGUGGCUGGUAUAAGAUACCGGGCUAAAUGUCAUUUGCACAGUCCAAAUCUUCCAACCAAAUUUCCCGACAAAGAACGUGAUUCGUAUCACGCAACUCGUGAUCAAGUAUCACGAUAA